AUGGGGACAUACAGGGUAUGUAUGUGUUUUACGAGGAAAUUCGCAAUAAAGGAGGCGGAGCCACCAUCGGAUGUGAAGGAAUCGUUCAAUAAAUACUCGGAGGGUGGGACGCACAUGUCGGCGGAGCAGCUCCGGCGUUUCCUUGUUGAGGCACAGGGCGAUGAUAAAGCUACGUCCUCCGAUGCUGAGGGCAUUGUACAGCAGAUUCUCCAGAAAAGACAUCAUCUUGCUAAGUUCACUCGCCACACUCUCACUCUUGAUGAUUUCCAUCACUACCUCUUUAACGCUGAUCUCAACCCCCCAAUUGGAUCACAGGUUCAUCAUGAUAUGUGCGCUCCAUUGUCUCAUUAUUUCAUAUUCACCGGGCACAAUUCUUACUUGACUGGAAACCAGCUGACCAGUGAUUGCAGUGAUGUCCCAAUAAUAAAGGCACUAAAAAGAGGGGUGAAGGUAAUAGAACUUGAUGUGUGGCCAAAUUCUGCCAAGAAUGAUGUGAAUGUUCUUCAUGGAAGAUUCAUCCUAUUUGUGUAUUGA